AUGUGGAUGGAUCUGAGUGAGACACCUGACUGGAAUGACAUUGAGGCCUGUAUCAAAUACCUGGGAGAAAAGGGGGUGCCAAUUGAUGAUGCAAAGUGCUUUGAUCGGGUCACCAACCUGAAGAAAUUCACAGAAAGGUGUAACAGUGAUGGAGAUUUCAGUGAUCUGCAAGCACACAAGGAGCGGACCAAAUAUUUUGAAAGAUGUUGGGAGUUUUUGGCGGUUUUUCUUCCAGCUGUACUGAUGAGUGAAUGCAGUCAGGUUGAAAAUGACUGUUCUGAUAUCUAUAACCCAGGACAAACAGUCAAUGGGACUUAUGCCAUCUAUCCAGCAGGUAACGCUCCGGCCUGGGUUUACUGUCAGAUGAUCUCAGAUGGGAAUGAAGAAGAUAAAGGAGGAUGGACGGUGAUUCAGAGGAGAAUGGACGGCAGUGUGAAUUUCUAUCGGCCGUGGAAUCAGUACAAGAGAGGAUUUGGGAAUGUGGAGGGAGAAUACUGGCUGGGGCUGGAGAACAUGUACCAGCUGACACGUAAGAACAAGUACAUGCUGAGAGUGGAUCUGGAGGACUUUCAAGGAAAUAAAGUGUUCGCUCUGUACUCGUCCUUCUCUGUGGAUCCUGAAGCUGACGGCUAUAAACUGCAUGUUUCAGGAUUCACUGAUGGAGGAGCAGGCGACUCUUUAUCUGAGCAUGAUGGACAGAAGUUCACAACCUUAGACGAAGACCAAGACUCCGACGACAACAACAACUGUGCCAAACUCCGUCUCGGGGCAUUUUGGUACAAACACUGCAUGAAGACAAACCCCAAUGGUAUGUAUAUAUGGGGAGAAGAUAACACCCAUACCGGCAUUGGAAAUGUAUGGAAGACCUGGAAGGGUUAUGAUGUCGGUAUGAAAUCCAUCUGUAUGAAGAUCAGAUCUGUGCCAUAG